AUGGUUGUGGGAAUUUAUGGUUACACUGCUUAUUCAGCUAGUAAGUUUGGGCUGAGGGGAAUGGCGGAAGCAUUGCAACAGGAGGUUAUUGCUGACAACAUUCAUGUCUCGCUUAUAUUUCCCCCAGAUACUGAAACCCCUGGCUUGGCAGAAGAGAACAAGAGAAGACCACAGCUCACCAGUAUCAUAGCUGCUGCAUCUGGCGCAAUGAAAGCUGAUGAAGUAGCCAAGAAAGCUUUGAAUGGAAUCAAAUCUGCUAGUUUUAUGGUCCCAUGCAACCUCGAGGGUUCUCUACUGGCCAUAGCAACUGCUGGCCUUUCACCUCAAAGAUCAUUCCUAAUGGCAUUCAUUGAGGUAGUUGCUAUUGGUAUAUUACGUGUUGCAGGUCUGUGUUUCCAAUGGAACUGGUAUGGAAGCAUUGAAAAGUGGCAUGCACAAAAGAAAUAG